GAGGCAGUGAGCAAUCUCAGCUUCACGUCACUCGGCACCUCCGUUGCCAAACACGAAAGCCGGUUUACCAGCGUUUGCGACCCCUCCACUAUAAGAGCCCAGAAGUCUUCCAUUUACUUUUGCAGUGAUGUCUACUCAGACGUUGUUCUUAUUGGCAACGUUCUUCUAUGCUUCGAACGAGUUCAUAGCAAAGAGGCAGUCAGGUUACGUUGCAACGGAUAAUAUCUAUGGCUACGACUAUCGCUCCUCGCCAUCCGAUGAGAAUCCUGCACGUCUUAUAGUGAAUCCCAACUACGCCUUUUUGAAUGACAGCUUGUCCUCUGGUUAUUCUCAAAAUUACGUAAAGGCUGAAACCGCCUACGCACACAGUUCCGGCGUUGGUAAUGCUCCGAGCACAUUUCUUAUGAACGAUGCCCUUCUAAGCAAUGAUCAGCAGAAUUCUAUAAACUAUCAAAGAAUCCAACAGACGACAUAUAAUCGCCCUAGCUCGGCUCAACAAUAUCCCGAUAACAUCUACGGAUACGCUUAUUCGGACACUCCCGUUCGAUCUGGCCCACAAAUUCAACGUGGACAAACAACGACACCGCCGAGUUACACACAGGUUCCUCCAGCAUUGCAAACUGUCGGUUCUCAAACAAGAACUGCUCCAUAUCAAAGCGUCGCGGACUUGAAGACAACAAGGUUGCGUGAUCCUUCUAGGAACACCUUAUACUUUGAUUCUAUGGCUAGCUCCUCAAACGCUGAAAGUUCCAAUCAAGCGAUGUAUUAUCCAUACAGAACAGCGACACAAAACGUCGGUGUACAGGGCAGUGGAGGUAGUGGAGUAACAGUAAUGCAGUACGAUGGCAGUCAGAUGGUUGCAUCCACAUUAUUCAGAGAUCCGAACACGGAUCCCUGCUCUUUGCCUGAUCCAUAUUGGUGCAGUGAUUAUGUGAAAAUCUACCUUAAUAGUACCACCACUUUUGGUGGAUUUUCUAGACAGGCUGCCUGCCAGCCACUAGCAAUGUCACUUCAAGACUCCUAUAACGGUUGCUGUCAGACUUUGCGAGCAGCAGGGUGCAGAACAUGAGUAUUAUACUGAAACUCUGCCCUCCACCCUCAUCUUGCCUUGUUCAUAAUUUCAGAUGGUCAUAAAGAUAGUUGUUGUUGCGAU